AUGUAUCACUUUACCCGACCAACAUGUUUGGAAGCCGCUAUCGGGGAUAUUAUUAGGCAAGCAAACUGUUCAGAAGAAAAUGACGACCACAUUGACAAUGAGGAAGAGGAGAUAGAUAGGCACAACCCUGAAUCAAUUACACAGGCGUAUUUUUAUAAGAAUUUUCCUGUCCAUCAAUCAGAUGUACCGGCAGAAUGUAACACAUCGAGACCGAGUGGAAUGGACGAAGAUGAGAUGCACCGGUCUAGUCAUUUAGCCCCACGAUUUCCGUCCCCGAAUUGUCUGUGGAAUGUUUUGGACGAUUCGGCUCUGACUACGAGUGAUACCUGGUUGUAUGAGACGUUAUACUCGAAUGCAAAGUGGAACAAUACACCUCAUACCGUUAACCGAUCAAAUCUGGACACACAAACCGAUCAGAUAAAUCUACCGGAAGCACACUGGUCUCCGUCAGCACAAUAUCCCCAUGGUCUAUCUCGUGCUGAUGAUGCAAGGAUUCCAAAAUCCGAUACAGCAAUUCAUUUGGAUAUGGGAAGAUGUGAAGCGGCUUAUGCUGUUGCCAGUCGAAAAACGUUAGAUGAUACUGGAGACACAUCCAAUCGGGGAUUUACCUACUCCACACCGUUCAGGCAAAGGCCUACCGACAGUGGUGCAGGUGAUCAAUUCGAUUUCACUCCAGAAUCAGUUGGCGGGGAUUGCAGACCCCAAUCCGGAACGUAUAUUCGUGAGCGCAUCCCAACGCGUAAGCAACACCAACGCGUCCAAGACAAAAUCCGGACGCGAGCACUGAAUGCGGCUUUCGGUCAGCUUCGUUCGUGUCUGCCGGAAAUACCCAAGGAUACAAAACUGACCAAGAUACGCACAUUACGAACUGCAAUCACUUAUAUUCGUCAGUUGAUGUCCGUGUUGAAUCGAGAAGAAUCUGGUAACACCCACCCACGUGCUACCACAACAACCAGCACAAGCAGCGACAGCACGAGCCGAACAACAGCAUUUUUGCGCACCGCACGACUGGAGUUGCUCAAAUCGCAGAGCUCGUGUGACGACUCCACCCUACGAGACAGUGGCUAUGACAGUAUGUUUGACAAAUACUGA